UUCACUCGGUCGGCGUUCGCGCACGGAGGAAACGUGGACCGUAAGGGACUCGCGGGACAAAAGAGAGAGAGAGAGCGCGAGCGUUGGGGUCCGGUUGGUAAACCUGCACAAACCCUCAGAGACGGCGAGACGGUCUCUUCGUCUCGGUGGAUUUCGAGAAGAGGCACCGCGUCAAGUCUGCACGGAACAGGGAGCAGCAGCACGUCCUGUAGAGAAAGGCCUCCCCAUCACCAGGAGUUCAGUAAACCAUUUGUGCCUGCCUCGGCCACCAGAUACUCCACACAAGAGGUGUGUUGUGAUGCUAGCCAGCUGGUGCGGGGACUAGUCCAGCAGUAUGAUGUGAAGACCAGACCAAAUAGCAUAAGAGUCUGAAGACACUGAGAGGCAGUGAAAGGCAGGGGUGACUAAAGCACUGGAUAAAACCAGAAGAGUUGCAAAGUCCAGGAAAGGAAGGGGAGUAACCGGCACUGGCACCAGAUAAGAAGAGGGGAGGGAGAGGCAGAGUGACGGUAAACGAGAAGCAGGAGACUGUGAAUUAUUGAACUGAACACUUCUCGCGAAGAGCCUCACCUACGUACUUGUCCCUCCUCUUACGUCACACACCUCCCGUCACACCUACCGGGGACUACAGCUAAGCCUCGUCUUUCUCUUUUUGGACGACGGUGAGGCCACUGAUCCCGAAUCAACCUUGGCAUUGGAAAUCUGCAUCGUUUAAUCCAAGUGCCACCGUGGUUGAUCGACGUUCAGGCUCAGUGGAGGGACUAUCCAGAAACUAUCAUUAUGUGCCAUGUCAUUGUGACCUGCCGCUCCAUGCUGUGGACUCUCUUGAGCAUUGUGGCUGCGUUCGGAGAGCUCAUCGCCUUCAUGAGCACCGACUGGCUGGUGGGCUUCCCCCGCACCCCCGAUGCCAUUAUCGGCCCCCAUGGGGCUACCACAGCUGGGGAGGCCUACCGGCCCACCCUGGGAAUCUACGGCCGUUGUAUAAAGCUGCCCCAUUUGCGGCGCGGAAUACUGUGUGGACCCUACGCUGUACACUUUGGGGAGAUUGCCAGCGGGUUCUGGCAGGCCACCUCUAUAUUCCUGGCUGCAGGGAUCCUGCUGCUGUGCGCUGUGGCUUUUAUCUCCGUCUUCACCAUGUGCUUCCAGAGCAUCAUGAAAAAGAGCAUCUUCAACGUGUGUGGAUUGCUCCAGGGCAUUGCAGGUCUUUUCCUGAUCCUGGGGCUGAUGCUGUACCCUGCUGGCUGGGGUUCGGACAAGGUGCAGCUGUACUGUGGAUCCGACGCGGCUCCAUACCGCGCCGGGUUGUGUUCGAUGGGCUGGGCCUUCUACACCGCCAUGGGCGGCACCGUGCUCACCUUCCUCUGCGCCAUCUUCUCCGCACAGGCCGAGAUCGCCACCUCUAGCGACAAGGUCCAGGAGGAGAUCGAGGAGGGGAAGAGCCUGAUCUGCCUCCUUUGAGAUUGGGGUCACCUUCUUUUUUGUUUUUUGGGGGGGUUUUUUUGUUUGUUUGUUUUUUUUUUUGUCUUGUGUGGAGAAGAGGAGGAGGGGAAGGAGGGAGAGGGGCCAGAAAUACCAAACAACCCCCCCGUCCCCCGUCCCCCGUCCCCCACCUUUUGCCUUUGGGGCCAACCUGUGGAAAGGGUGUGUCUACAUUGUUUACCACUAAGACUGACUCUCUCUGAGGAGUGAGAGGUGUGGGGGAAACCUACAAGUGCCAAGCUUUUUCUCGGUGUGUAUCUGUGUGUACUUUAUGCCAGCGGAGGUGCUGUAUCUUUGUUAUCGUAUUCAUCUUAUCCGUGUGGGUGCCCGCAGUGGCUUUGCCUUUCUCCUUGUGUUUUGUAAAUAAGUGCGUGUGCGUGUGCGUGUGUAUAUUGUACAUAGUAAUGAUCGGAGACUUGACGGUCAGCCGCACCCGGGCGGGGCCGACAACGUCACUCUUGCUAUAUGCGUUCACCCAGAUCACGAGAUGUGCACGUGUACCAAGUCUUCCAGCUGUUAGCCAGGUGCGCGCGACGACUCGACAAGGGAACCACUAUUCAGUCAAAAUAAACUUAUCGCAAAGGAAAGAAAAAGAAAAAACAAAAAGAGGCUUUUGCCAUACGAGCGGAUGUCCAUUAAAGCCUUCUAGAAUGUACCGUCGUUGGAAUGACGAAACGUGUGUGUUUGUAGACCCUCGAAAUGUAUUGAUUCAAAUGCCUCACAAGUGAUCCUUCACGUGGACUGCAUGGAAGCGGGAGCUCUUUUGGUGUGCGUGCGUGCGCGUGCGCGUGUUUACUGUUUUUCGCUGUUUGUUUGUUUGUUUUUGUUUUGUUGUUGUAAAGAAAUGAAGUGAACUUAGUCCUCCUACCCGUGUCCCUUGAAACGGUCUCUCCGGUCCUCAUGCAGACGUCCCGUAAACCUGUGUGCAUAAAACGUGGACUGAAUGACGAGGACGCACACAUAUGAAGUAUUGUUAUUCUCACUAGCUUCUCGUCUCAAGAAGGGGUUCCUGUUCUCGAGACUCCGGUCGUGGACCCGGAGUCCGCUGAGUCACCGAUAGUGUCCCAUCUAUCGAUCGUAAUGUGUUUCUGCCAAGUCAUUAAAGCAAACAAAAAGAAGUACUACCUGUUUUCUGUCCGUGUUCCACUGAGAAGGGGGGGAAUAAGAAAGAAUGGGGGGGGGGGCUGGGUGUUCAGACAUCGGUUUGGCCCUCGAGGAGUGGGUUGGAAGAUUUUCCACUCGGUGGGUGAUCAAUUUUUUCCACUGUUGCAGAACUGAACCCUUGUGUUUUCUGUGCUGAGUUGAUUUAGAUGUCCCAGUUUGUGAAAAUAAAAGACAGAUUUGAAAAUUGACAUAAUUUCCCACCCUCGGUAUUUAUUUAUCCUUCUACGCAAACCGCUCAACCCCUCAUCAGUUUGUUAACCUCUCCUAGUCACCACGUCUUGUGAGCAAUAUAUAUGUGAGUGCCUGCGAUUGCUCAGUCGUGAGUCACCGGCCCAGUGUGCCUCCCUCUGUGUGGACCACAGCAAAGCCUUUUGCACAAACCCUGUGAUUCCCCGUCCCCUCCAGCACGCACA